AUGGACAGUCUGAUUGCCCGUGCGUUGGACACCGCGGCGGCGCGGGGUGCGACCUACGUCGACGCGCGGAUGGUGGAGACAGCUCAGGAACGCUACUCGGUUCGGACCGGCGUGGUGGACGUGAUCAGCAACGACGAAUCGGUGGGCAUGGGAGUGCGGGUCGUGGUGAACGGAGCGUGGGGAUUCGCGUCUACCAACACCAUGACUGCGGAGGCUGUCGACCGGGCCGCAGCGCUGGCGGUGGAGAUAGCCAAGGCUUCAGCCACCUCCGGCGGGCCGAAGGUGGAAUUGGGGCCGCCCGUAACCAGCCGGGGGGUCUACACCACACCGGUUGAGGUCGAUCCAUUCAGCAUCGCACCCGAGGAAAAGCUGGCGCUGCUGCUGGACACCGACGAACGGAUGGCCCGCGUCGAGGGGAUCUCCGCACGAACGGGCAACUUGAUAUUCAUCCGCGAGCGCAAGGCCUUCGCCAGCAGCGAGGGCGCCAACGUGGAGCAGACCAUCUACGAGGCCGGCGGCGGCAUCCAGGCCACCGCGGUGGGUAGCGGAGAGGUGCAACGCCGCUCUUACCCCCAGUCGAUGGGGCGCCAACAGGGUUGCGCUGGUUGGGAGUAUGUGCGGGACUUCGACCUCACCGGAAACGCCGAGCGGGUCGCCAGCGAGGCUGUCGCCCUGCUCACCGCCGACCGCUGCCCUUCAGACAUUACGACCACGCUGAUUAUCGGCGGCUCACAGGUGGGACUGCAGAUCCACGAGUCCUGCGGCCAUGCCAUCGAGUUGGACCGCGUGCUCGGAUCGGAGGCGGCAUACGCUGGCACUUCAUUCCUGACCACCGAAAAGUUGCGCGACUUCCGUUACGGCUCGGAGCAGGUGAACAUCACCGCCGACAGCAUCCGCCUGCCCGGCCUCGGCUCCUUUGGCUGGGACGACGAGGGCGUUCCGGCACAGUCAACGCCCGUGGUGGAGGCAGGACGAUUCGUCGGCUAUCUUAUGUCAAGGGAAACGGCCGCCACCCUGGGGCUUGAGUCCAACGGCACCAUGAGGGCGUCGUCCUGGAACCGGUUGCCGCUUAUCCGCAUGACCAACGUCAGUCUGGAGCCCGGCGAGUGGGAGCUGGAUGACCUCAUCGCCGACACCGACGACGGCAUUUUCGUCGACAUGAACCGUUCCUGGUCCAUUGACGACCGGCGCUACAACUUCCAGUUCGGUACCGAGGUGGGCUACGAAAUCAAGAACGGCAAGCUGGGGCCGGCUGCUGCGCAACUGCACCUACACCGGCAUCACGCCGGAGUUCUGGAACUCCUGCGACGCCGUGUGCAACGCCAACCACUGGACCAUGUGGGGAACGCCCAACUGCGGCAAGGGGCAGCCGGGCCAGAUCGGCCACACAGGACAUGGUGCCGCCCCGGCCCGCUUCCGCAACGUGCGCGUGGGGGUAAUGCGAUGAUCGGCGAGGAUGCGGCCCUCAACCUGUUGGAGCGCGCUCUGUCUUUGUCCACAGCGCAGGAGGCCGACGUAUACCUGAGCAGCCAGGACCUGGGGCUGACCCGAUUCGCAGGCAACGCCAUCCACCAGAAUGUUUCCCACAGCAACGUCACCCUCAACAUCCGCGCCGUAGAGGGGAAGCGGGUGGGACGGGCCACAACCAACGACACAUCGGACGAUGGCAUCCGACGAGCAAUGGAGGCGGCAAGACGCAACGCCCUCCUGAUGCCCGAAGACCCCGCCUUCCCCGGACUACCUGAGCCGCAGGCGGUGCCACGAGUGGCAAGCUGGGAUGAAUCAGCGGCCACCUGCUCACCUCUGACCCGGGCUCAAAUGGUGAACGAAGUCUGCCGUCAGGGCGCUGCCGAGGGACUGGACACCGCCGGCGCCUGCCGCACCGGGGUGCACGAGAUCGCGGUGGUGAGCAGCCGGGGCACCCGCGCCUACCACGCCGGCACCUUCGCCGGGCUGAUUAUCACCACCCGCAGCGACACCUCCGCAGGCUGGGCCAAGGGCGGCUCCUGGCGCCUGGAGGAGAUCGACUACCCGGCCUUGGCACGCGAGGCGGUGGACAAGGCGGUACGGGGACGAGAUCCGCAGCCAAUCACCCCCGGCGAGUACACGGUGGUGCUGGACCACUACGCCGUUGACGACAUUCUGGAGGCGCUUUCCCUGUACGGCAUGGGAGCGCAAGCCGUGCAGGAGGGCCGCAGUUGGAUGUGCGACCUCCAGGGCAAACGGGCAAUGAGCCAGCCGGUGUCCAUCUGGGACGAUGGCGGGGCGCUGGAUGGCUGGCCCAUGCCAUUCGAUGUGGAGGGAGUGCCACGCCAACGGAUGGAACUGGUCGAGAACGGAGUCGUAAACGGCCCGGUGCACAACACGUACACCGCUGCCCAGGAUGGAGUGCAAUCCACAGGACACCAGCAGUAUUUCACUGGCCCGCCCAUCGCCUCCAACCUGUUCAUGCGACCGGGCAGCAGUUCGGUGGAGGAGCUCAUCGCCUCCACGGAGCGUGGGCUGUACAUCACCCGGUUCUUCUACACACGCCUGUCCCACAACCGGGGCUGCGUGAUGACCGGCAUGACCCGCGACGGCACCUUCCUGAUCGAGGACGGCGAGCUGCGCCACCCAGUGAAGGACCUGCGCUUCACCCAGUCCUACGUCGAUGCGCUAGCUGGCGUAGAGGGCGUGGGCGACGAGGCCAAGCUGGUGCUCAACGAGGUAGGCUUCGCCACCCGCGUACCAGCCGUCAAGCUCGCCAGCUUCAACUUCACGGGGGUUACGGUGUAG